AUGGAGACCCUGGACCAGAACCACUGGUAUCCCUUCUCAUCGGACUUCAACUCCUCUGUAGCCGCUCCCUCGCCCUUCCUCUUCUCCUACCCACAGCUCUUCAACCUCUCCUCCAAUCUGUCCACCCAGAGCGUCCCCUUCCAGGGCAGCAGCACCCUCAUGACAGCGGUCAUCUCCCUCACCGUGUUCGUGGUGGGGCUGACCGGCAACACUCUGGCCAUCUACGUGGUGCUGCGCUACGCCAAGAUGAAGACCGUCACCAACAUUUACAUCUUGAACCUGGCCGUGGCCGACGAGCUCUACAUCCUCGGACUCCCCUUCCUCACCACGCAGAACGUGCUCUCCUAUUGGCCCUUUGGCUCCUUCCUGUGCCGCGUCGUCAUGACCGCGGACUCCAUGAACCAGUUCACGUCUAUUUUCUGCCUAACGGUCAUGUCCAUCGACCGGUACCUGGCUGUGGUUCACCCGAUCCGCAGCACCAAGUGGAGGCACCCUCGGGUGGCCAAGGCGGUGAGCGCAGCAGUGUGGGCCGUGUCCUUUGUGGUGGUGCUGCCAGUGGUCAUCUUCUCUGACGUGCAGGACACAUUUAAUUCCUGCAACAUGAUCUGGCCUGAGCCCAAGGACGUGUGGUCCACAGCCUUCAUCCUCUACACGGCCACGGUGGGCUUCUUUGGCCCGCUGCUCAUCAUCUGCCUCUGCUACCUUCUGAUCAUCAUCAAGGUGAAGUCUUCGGGAGCUCGGGCCGGAUUCACCAAACGCCGGCGCUCGGAGCGAAAGGUGACUCGGAUGGUGGUGGUGAUCGUGGUGGUGUUUGUGCUCUGCUGGCUGCCGUUCUUCAUCAUCAACAUGGUCAACCUGGUGGUCAUCAUCCCGGAGUCCAGCGCCACCGCCGGCAUCUACUUCUUUGCCGUCAUCCUGUCCUACGCCAACUCCUGCGCCAACCCGCUGCUCUACGGCUUCUUGUCUGACAACUUCCAGCAGAGCUUCAGAAAAGUGUUGUGCGUGAGGAGUAUGAGGUGCAAUGCCAACGGUGUGGAUGACGGCGACCCCAGCGCACCGCGCACUGAGAAAACCACAGCACAUGACUGCAUCAUGUUCUCGCCUCGUAACGACGCCCAGAGCAGCCAGAUCUCUCCUCAGCCUCCUGGGUCGCCUACCUCUCACACGGCAGCAGACCUUCAUCGCUCCUCCCCUACAUACCAAUUUGCCUCCGCUUGCCCAGGAAUCGCAUCCAAACCUAACACGGUAACCUCCACGGCGGCCUCCAUGGUGACCUCCAUGAUGACAGCAGCUGAAGCUCCCACCAUCACUGCCCUGACCAGCCCCUCCUCCUCCUCUGCAGCUCCAAAGGACCAGUAA